AGAGAGAUCCAUGCAGACAAAGCAUCCAUAACUUCUUUUGCAGGGAGAGAGCCCCAUAUAGACAAAGCAUCCAUAAUUGUCUUGCAGAGAGAGAGACCCAAAAAAACCCACCAAAAGAGAAAACUCAAGAACCACACAAAUGCUGCUAAAAAACCCCAUCACAAGGGCAAAGAAGCUCUUCCACAAGAACCUCAGAAGAUUCAAGACCUCCCUCUCCAAAGGCUAUCAAAAGCUCCCCAUAACCCCUUCCUUCAACCCCUGCUCCUGCAUCGACUCCUCCAACCUCAACCACAGCUUCCGCGACCUCAACAACAGCUUCCACACCGAUCCAUGCACAGACAACGAUGAGAAAAAGAUGACGACGACGACGAAGAGGAAGCUGAAGAUAAAAGAUCUCACGAAAGACGUGCAAUUCAACGACAGAGAAUGCUUGCGCAGUGGAAGCUUUAUGAAGUUUGCGAGUAGGAGGUACUCAGAGAAGAGUGAUCGACUUACAGGGCAAGAGAUUGUGGAAGGAGCUGGAUCAUCUUCUCGGAGGCUGAGAUUCCAUGCGUGCCGUAUCGUUUCCGAAAGGUUAAAGGAAUUGGAGAGAAUAGAAGUAAGCGACGUCGAUCAUGUUCUUGAUGUCGAAGAGGUCCUUCACUACUACUCACGUAUCACGUGCCCCCUCUACGUCGACAUCUUCAACAAAUUCUUCUUGGAGAUGUUCGGCGAGUUACUACCACAGACAUCUCUCGGCAACAUCUCCCGUCGCAUUACAAACCAGUAGUCUUGUUGUAAUUUCCCCACUCGCCGACGAUCUUCUUCUUGUUGUUCUUGCUGCUGCUGGUAUUAUUAUUGCUGUUGUUGUGUUUAAUUCAUAGGCAGGUAUUGAUUAGGUUUGGCAA